AUGAAAUGUCCUUCAUGCAAUAAGGAGGUCUACUUUGCUGAGCGGGUCAGUUCACUUGGAAAAGACUGGCAUCGUCCGUGUUUGAAAUGCGAAAAGUGCAAAAAAACGCUGACUGCGGGUUCCCACUGUGAACAUGAUGGUAAACCCUAUUGUCAGACUCCGUGUUACCAAGCCCUGUUUGGACCCAAAGGUUAUGGAUCAGUGGCCAGCAGUCACAUCUACAAAUAG